AUGGAUUCCUGUCUAGUAACAACCAGUUAUUUGUUGCAACUCUCUUGUUAUUCUGAAGAAGAGGUUGAAAGCCCAUUUUCUUCUCUAACAUUAGUAGAACUUCUGAAGCCACGUGGUACAAAGUUGAAACGUUUGAGGGAUUCGCAAAUGCUUCUUGAGGAGAGCCCUGAUAUCCCAAACAAUUCUUGUAGCUUUCAAUCUUCGCCGACUGAUAAGAUUAUGAAAUUUGAGAAAGCACGGCUGGUUCAAUUAAAGUCCAAGAAGGCAGAUGUCUCUCCAGUAAAAUUGCUGAAUAUGUGCGAUGUCUUAGCUUCUAAAACUGGUAAUUCUGUUCAAAGGGUUGUAUACUACUUGGCUAAAGCUCUUAACGAGAGAAUUGAUCAAGAGUGGGGAAUAAUUUCAUCAGACAAACUUAAAAGGUCAAGAAUGUGGACACUGAUUAUGGAAGCUUUUGCUGUCCGUCAUGAAUGUCCUCUUGAACUUCUCAAGAUCACUGCCGUUGGAACCUAUGAAAAAACCAUGGAAAAGACGAGCAAACAGUUGUCAUCAUUUGCUCAGACCAUUAACUUACCUUUCUCAUUUAAGGUAGUUGCGUCAGACCUCAAGGAAGAAUUCUUUGAUUUAGAGGCUGAUGAAGCUGUGGCAAUUGCCUUAGCAUACCAGCUUUGGUCACUGUUAGCAUGGCCUAAUCAUUUAGAAGCCUUGAUGGCAGUGAUCCAGAAUCUCAAGCCAUGUUUUCUCGUGCUCAAGGAAGUGGAGGUCUGUACAAAUGCACCAACUUUCCUGGAACGUUUCAAAGAAACACUCCUCUUUAUCAGCGGGCUAAUUUAUUCCACGAAUUCUUGUAUGGAAAAGCACAUACGGUAUAGAAAACUGGUAGAAGAAGUCCACUGGUGGGAGAUGAUUCGUAAUGUUCUCACAGCUGAAGGUACAGAGAGGACUCUGAGACAUGAUAAAAUGGUUUCUGGAGAUUCCUUCUCAAAAAGUUCGGUUUUGUGGAAUCAGAUCUCAGCCAAACACUAA